AUGAAUCCGAAGUACACUCUUGCAAUGCUUUGGCCAACGGCCAUCGCAGCCCUCACCACUUCCAACACCUCAUCCUCUUCAAUUCUCUUGGAUAACCAAGACCAAAUCUUCUCAGUAGAUGACUCGCAGUAUCUCGCAGUCACCUCUGAUAUCCUGUCUUCUGUUUCAUACUCCUCAGAUCCUGCUCAGGGACCUGUUACCUACAUCUCCGGUCUACUCUCCAGUACUACUGGCGAUGAGCUUGAAGACGUUAUCAAGAGUUCACUAGAGCAAGAUGAUGUUUUCUCUGAGACAUUCCUUGGAACUAUCCUUGUCAGUGCGGCUGAUGAAGGGGGCCUUGACUCUUCUGUCGUGAGCUACUUCAAUAGUCUCAGCUCAACUGUCAUCUAUGGAGCGGAGGACGGUCCGAGUCUCUGCGGCAACUCUACCUUGACUCCCUGCCCAAUGUUUGGUCUUGCGAACGGCGAUACUCUCAGCUUGAGCAAAGUUUUCCGCUUGUAUGUCGAUACCUACAGAACAUUUAUGGUUGGCACAUACGAAGCGGGAGACGGCUAUCGCACUUUACCUUGUUCCAACUCAGAAUGGGGCGCUCCAUCUAUUCCUGUCCCCUCUAGGCUCUACAGCAUCGAAGAUGGCAGACCUCUCGCUGGAAAGCGAGUUGGUGUCAAGGACAUCUACGAUCUCGAAGGCAUACAGACAACUGCUGGUAGCUUGGCGUACGCCUCCCUUCAUCCAAAGGCGGACACAACAGCUCCAGCUCUGCAGCGCAUCCUUGACCAGGGUGGAGUUGUGGUUGGCAAGCAGAAAACAGCCCAGUUCGCCUCCCCUCAAAGCCCUUGGGAUUGGAACGACGCGUUCUACCCCCGCAACCCCCGCGGAGAUACGUUCCUGACCUGCUCUGCGUCCUCAGCAGGAAGUGCCUGCUCUAUCGCUGCGUACAACUGGCUUGACUUUGCUAUUGGUACCGACACGGGCAAGUCUAUCAGAGAACCCGCUGCCGUUGCUGGCAUCUUCGGUAACAGGCCUUCGCAAGGAAUGAUUUCCAUGGACAACAUUGUCACCAACGCUUUCAACACGGAUACAGCUGGUGUCUUUGCACGCGAUCCUGUUGCUUGGGCCAAGUUCGCAAAGGCCUGGUACGACCCUUCUCUUCACCAAGACACGUCGAUCAACGGAUUGCCUGCGUUGUCAGUCCCUGAUGUUCAGACAUUCCCCAAACGUCUUCUGUACCCUACCGAUCAUCUGCCAAUGCAGAACACCGCUGCGGAAGCUAUCCUGCAAAAGUUCCUGGAUGAUGUGACAGCUGCUGUUGGUGUCACUGUCGAUAAGAUCAACUUGACGGAGACUAUCGAGGACACUCUGGGCCGCCCACUACAGGGCAUGCUUGACGAUCUUACCGUGCUUUGGACCCACGACUUGAUCACUGAGACGGCUGAACCACUGAUUUCCAACUAUAGCCCCGGAUUCCCUCCCAUCGAUGAGCCAUACCGCUCAUUCUUCCGCGGCGCAGUGGUAGACGAUAAUAGCUACAAGUCUGCCAUGGAAAACCGCACUCGCGAUGCAGCUCUCUGGCACAAACAAGUCCUCUUCUCGACCAACAGCUCCUGCUCCGAGUCUAUCCUGCUCUACGACAUCGGCACAGGUGGUCUCCCAUCCUUCCGCGAGAAGGAUCUCAAUGACUCCCCAGGAGCUGCAUCCCCUGUCGACCCUCGAGGCCCCAAAGCGGUAUCGACUAUUUCGUCUUACUUUGGGGACGUCGAUAUCACGGUUCCCAUUGGACAGAUUACAUAUCAGAGCAACGUCACGUUCCAGGAGGAGGUCAUGCCAGUCACUGUUAACAUGGUUGCUAAGAGAGGAUGCGACUUUGUCCUGUUUAACCUUCUCAACAAGCUGGUUUCGAAGGGGAUCUUGACUUCGGUAGACACAGGAAAGCAGGCUUUCCAAGAGUGA